AUGCAUACACUGCAUGCUAAAAUUGCAAAAAGAGAGAUGACCUCUUCCUGGACUAUCUUCGCUGUGAUCAUUCUGUGGGCUGGUUUUUCAGUCAAAAUUUGUGGCUGUCAAAGGAUCUCUUUUCCAACUGAAACGGUUUCCAAAGAGUUCGGCUUUCGAACGCAGUCUUUCGAUGCAAUAACCGACGAUGGUUACAUUUCAAGGCUGACCCGGGUGCAACGCACAUCCGGAGUCGACACCCAAAAGGAAAAAUUUCCAAUUUUGAUUUUACACGGACUCGUGGGCAGUUCCUUGUUAUGGACAGGCCUUGGGAAUCAACCCCCUAUUUCCGCUUACGCGUUCACGUUGGCUCAAGAAGGAUAUGAUGUUUGGCUGGGGAACUUUCGGGGUUCUCCAGAAGCCUCUCGGCACAAAUUUUUAAACCCCAGCGAAAAGUCUUUUUGGGAUUUCACGCCGGAUGAACACGGAAGACUCGAUCUGCCAGCAUUGAUCAACCUUGUUUUGAGGGCCUCCGGAAAAGAUAAACUAGUGUAUUCUGGCUUCUCCAUGGGCACCCACACGUUUUUCAUCUACUGUCACUAUCAUCCGGAUGCGUGUGUUCGGAAUGUUCAAGCAGCCAUUAUGCUGGGCCCCGUGUUAGACAUGACCUUUUUGGCGGAUUCAAACUUUCUGGCCGGUGCGGGGCUUUUGCUGCCUUCCGGACCAUACAGGAAGGAGCUGACAAGGAGAGGAGUUUUCAAGUUCCCCACGCCUGAAGUAGUUUCUUCUCUGCUUCCUAAUGCAGUGAAUGAGAAGUUUGUAGUUUACAGUGAGCAUCCCCCAACACCAGCGACACUUGCUGUACACGAUAUUCGACCAACAGUGCGAACGGAAGUAAUUGACAGGGUCUGGCCGGGUAAUGCCUUUCCGACGUCGUUGCUUACGUUCGAUUUUUACGCUCAGUUGACGAGGACCAAGAAGUUCCAACCUCUUGACUAUGGACCGUGGAACAAUCUUAUGCGUUACGGAUGGUUCUGGCCAACUUCGUACGACAUUGGAAGGACGAAUGUUCCCGUUUACCUGCUGGCUGGAACUGAAGAUAAAGUCGCGACUCUCCUAGAUAGUGCGAAGAUCUGGUUUUCGCUGCCUAAAGCCAAGAAUCUUCAUGUUGUUCCUGGAUUCAGGCAUUCGGAUUUUAUUUUUUCUGACAACGCUACAAUUUUUGUCCCUGAGCAUUAUCCUUCAGAAGGAUUUCCCCAAGAAUCCCAAAUCUCGUGUGAGCUCAAGGUCAAGUGCAAUCCCACUGGAUUCCUGACCCUCUCGAAGCAUUGCCAUUUUCCUGGCGCCAAUUCAAAAUUUGUGGCUGUCAAAGGAUCUCUUUUCCAACUGCCGGAUGAACACGGAAAACACGAUCUGCCAGCAUUGAUCAACGCUGUUUUGUACCACUCUGGAAAAGCUAAACUAGUGUAUUCUGGCUACUCCUUGGGCACCCAAUCAUUCUUCAUCUACUGUCACUAUCAUCCCGAAGCAUGUCGUAAGAAAGUUCAAGCAGCUAUUAUGAUGGCCCCCGUGAUGGACAUGAGCUUCCUGACGGAUGAAAAAUUCUUGGCCAUUGCG